UCGCUGCCCUCGUUUCCUGUCUUAUUCAAUAAUCGUUUCGAAAAGUUGAGGAAAAAAUUCACAAAAACUAUUUUCUCGAAAAUGAUCAUCGUAAAAAAAUUGCAUGGAUACAGCUAAUGUUGUUUAAAAAGCUGUUAACAGGAGGCUGAGUUUUGUACUGAGCUAAUGAGCUGGUUCUGAUAUGGCUACUACUUGGAGUUUUUUGAACAGCAAACAAGAAUCCUCAAGUAAUUUCGAUAAACUUUCUGAGAUUGGUCGUGGUGCUUAUGGAACUGUGUAUAAAGCACGUGACCGAAAGAGUGGGCAGUAUGUAGCUAUGAAACAAAUUCCUCUUCCAUAUUCUAAAGAAGGUGUUCCAACUAGUGCAAUAAGAGAAAUCGCAGCCUUGCGUAGAAUGGAAAAUUUUGAGCAUGAAAAUAUUGUACGGUUUCUGGAUGUCAUCGUUAAUAAUUCUGGUGGAAGAACCUAUCUUACUCUUCUUUUUGAAUACAUUGACCAAGAUCUGUCCAGUUUUCUUGAAAAAUAUCCUUCUCCAAGUUUGGAACAAGAUAUAAUUCGGAACAUGAUGAAACAGCUACUCAGUGGUAUUGAUUUUCUCCAUUGUCAUAAAGUUGUACACAGAGACUUGAAGCCACAGAAUAUUCUAGUAACCAGAAAUGGUUUGUUAAAAAUUGCAGAUUUUGGUCUGGCACGAAGUUAUACAUUUCAAAUGACUCUUACUGCAGUGGUUGUAACAUUAUGGUAUCGUGCCCCUGAAGUCAUUCUACAAGCUCAGUAUGCUUCACCUGUUGAUUUGUGGAGUUGUGGUUGUAUAUUUGCAGAACUUUUUAACAGAAGGCCUUUAUUCUGUGGACAGUCAGAAAUUCACCAGUUAGCAAAAAUAUUUGAAAUUCUUGGAUUACCAUCCAAAGAAGAAUGGCCAGAAAACGCAGUUUUACUAUGGAGCUCAUUUACUCCUCAACUGAAAAAACCUUUAGAAGAAUGUGUUCGUGAAAUAGGACCUCUUGCCAAGGAAUUAUUAACGGUGAGUUUUACUUACAAAUACAUAAAUUUACCAGUUGGUUGGGAAUUGAACGGUUAAUAGAAGCAUCAAUGGCUCAU